AUGUCAGAUAAUAAUAAUAAUAAUAAUAAUAAUAAUAGCAAUAAUGUUACUACUACUGCUGGUACAAACCCAUCAUCAUCAUCAUCAUCAACAUCAACAACAACAAAAUCAAUAAUUAAUUAUAAACUUUCAAAAGAGUUGAGAGGACAUAGUAAAGAUGUUAGAUCAGUUUGUGUACUCUAUGACGGUAGAAUUGUAACAGGAUCACGUGAUUUUACUGUACGUGUUUGGGAUGUCUAUUCACCAAUUGGAGAGAUGCCAUCUAUGGCCCUAUAUGCACAUAGCCAUUUUGUUGGUGCCUUGACAGCUUUAAAGCCAAAUAAUGUUCACCAGAGAUUGUUUGCAUCCGGAGGAAAUGAUAAGGUUAUCUAUGUUUGGGAUAAAAAUGCCAUUCCAAGAGACCCAAAGGACCAACAAGAUGCUUCAAAGUCACCAAUUCUUACUUUGAUUGGUCAUACUGAUUCUAUUUCUACACUAUCUCAAACAAAUGAUGGUUUAAUUAUUUCUGGUAGUUGGGACAAUACAAUUAAAUUGUGGUCAGAUAAUGCAGAAUGUAUACAAACUUUAACAAAGCAUGAAAGGGCUGUAUGGUCUGUUCUUGGAUUACCAAAUGGUGAUAUUGUUAGUGCAUCGGCAGACAAGUCUAUUAUUAUUUGGAGAAAAUCAGCCACAACAUCAAAAUAUGAACUUUUCAAGACCCUCAACAAACACAAGGAUUGUGUAAGAGGAUUGGCACUUGUUCCAGAGCUUCAAAUGUUUAUUUCCUGCUCAAACGAUGGUCUACUUGCCGUUUGGACAUUUGAAGGUGAUUUGGUUCAAGAAUUUUCGGGUCACCAAUCUUUUGUCUAUGCCGUAGGCUAUGUCCCCUCUGUUGGUUUUGUCAGUUGCAGUGAGGACAGAUCACUUCGUAUUUGGGCCGAUGGUGAAUGUGUACAAAAUAUAGCCCAUCCAUCUGGUAUUUGGUCCUUGGCUGUCAGUAUCAAUGGAGAUAUUGUCACUGCAUGUUCUGACGGUGUUGCUCGUGUGUGGACAAGAAAUGAAUCUCGUUAUGCCGAUCCACAAACCAUAGAACUUUAUCAUCAACAGCUAGCCCAACAACAAAUUCAGUCUGACAAUAUCGGUGACAUCAAGAUGAGUGAUCUCAAAGAAAAGUCGUCAUUGUCCAGUCAACCAGGACGUAAAGAUGGAGAGACUAGGGUCAUUCGUGAGGAUGGUAAAGCCAUGGCCUAUCAAUGGAGCGCCACUGACAAUGAUUGGAUCAAGAUUGGAGAAGUCGUUGAUUCAAACAAGUCCAAUGCCGCUCCCAAGAACAAAACGGUAUUUGAAGGAAAAGAGUACGACUAUUUGGGCUACAAUCUUGGUGAGAAUCCAUAUGAAGUUGCACAACAAUUUAUGUGGAAGAACCAGCUGGACCAACGUUUCCUCGAUGAUAUCGCAGGAUUCCUCAUUCAAAAUACUGACCAAUCCAUGACUAUUGGCCACGAUCCAAUAAACGCCGAUCCUCUAACCGGUGGCAAUCGAUACGUCCCAGGCUCUGCACCAAAUAGUAACAAUUUUGGACCAGCCCCACCAUCAUCGUCGUCUGGGGCUCCAGAAGACUUGAUUCAACCAAAUCAAUAUAUUCCUCAAGGUUCCUAUGUUUACUUUGAACAAGCCAACAAUGUCGAAGUAUUAUUGACAAAACUCAGAGAAUUCAACCCACAACAACAACAAGAUAAUUUAAAGUUGGACGAAGAUGAAAUCAACCAAGUUAAAUCUAUUUUUGCUACAAUUAAAGAAACUUCAAGAUAUCAUGCCUCAUCAUUUAGUGAUAAUCAAUAUAGAAUUAUUUCAAAACUUUUGAAAUGGUCAAAUCAAAAUGGUCAACUCAUUCCAAUUUUAGAUUUAUUAAGAACCAUGGUUAUGCAUCCAAGUGCAGCCAAAAAGUUUGAUAGCAUGAUCCAAAACAACCAACUCAAUCUCUUUGAAAAUUUAAUGAAUCAUUCAAUUGAAAUUUCAAAACUACCAUUCUCACUCCCCAACCUCACCAGCCAGGGUCUUAUCAUCAAGAUAUUGGUGAAUCUUAUUCGAUUCGAUAUGAGAAAGUUGGUACUUUCAAAGAUCCAUCAAAUUGCAAAUCAUUUUAACCAAAUCUAUCAAUCACUUGCUCAAUCUGAUAAGCCAUUUUCAACUACUUUUUCUACCUUGUUAUUAGAUUUAACAGUACUUGCAGUUAAUAACAAAGAUUCGAUUGACAACAAAAUCAAUUUGUUUAUUUUAACUCUUAUCGAACAAACCAUCACAAGAGAACUCGGAUCAGAUGGAGAUGUCAUGUUGAGAUUGGUUUGUGCACUAGGAACAAUGUUGUUUGUACAUAGAUCACUCAAGGAUUCAUGGGAAUGCGAUAGAUCAAUUAUUAUUAGUAUAAUUGCUGGAAACCAAAACAAAAAGGUUACAGAAAAUUUAGAACUUAUCUCUGCUUUACUUAAAUAA